AUGCACCACCUCCUGGAGCCGUCUGCGGACAUGGCGACGGCGCUGCUGGCCGGCGAGAAGCUGCGCGAGCUGAUCCUGCCCGGCGCGCAGGAAGACAAGGCGGGCGCCCUGGCCGCGCUGCUGCUGCAGCUCAAGCUGGAGCUGCCGUUCGAUCGCGUGGUCACCAUCGGCACCGUGCUCGUCCCCAUCCUGCUGGUCACCCUGGUCUUCACCAAGAACUUCGCAGAGGAGCCCAUUUACUGCUACACGCCGCACAACUUCACCCGCGACCAGGCGCUGUACGCCCGCGGCUACUGCUGGACGGAGCUGCGGGACGCGCUGCCCGGCGUGGACGCCAGCCUGUGGCCGUCGCUGUUUGAGCACAAGCUGCUGCCCUACUCGCUGCUGGCCUUCGCGGCCAUCAUGUACGUGCCCGCGCUGGGCUGGGAGUUCCUGGCGUCCACGCGCCUCACCUCCGAGCUCAACUUCCUGCUGCAGGAGAUCGACAACUGCUACCACCGGGCUGCCGAGGGCCGCGCGCCCAAGAUCGAGAAGCAGAUCCAAUCCAAGGGGCCCGGCAUCACGGAGCGCGAGCGGCGUGAGAUCAUCGAGAACGCGGAGAAGGAGAAGAGCCCCGAGCAGAACCUGUUCGAGAAGUACCUGGAGCGCCGCGGCCGCAGCAACUUCCUGGCCAAGCUCUACCUGGCGCGGCACCUGCUCAUCCUGCUCCUCAGCGUGGCGCCCAUCUCCUACCUGUGCACCUACUACGCCACCCAGAAGCAGAACGAGUUCACCUGCGCGCUGGGCGCGGCCCCGGGGGGCGGCCCGGCCGUGCGUGUCACCUGCAAGCUGCCGUCUGUGCAGCUGCAGCGCAUCGUGGCGGGCGUGGACAUCGUGCUGCUCUGCUCCAUGAACCUCACCAUCCUCGUCAACCUCGUCCACCUCUUCAUCUUCCGCAAGAGCAACUUCAUCUUCGACAAGCUGCACAAGGUGGGCAUCAAGACCCGCCGGCAGUGGCGCCGCUCGCAGUUCUGCGACAUCAACAUCCUGGCCAUGUUCUGCAACGAGAACCGCGACCACAUCAAGUCGCUCAACCGGCUGGACUUCAUCACCAACGAGAGCGACCUCAUGUACGACAACGUGGUGCGGCAGCUGCUGGCCGCGCUUGCGCAGUCCAACCACGACGCCACGCCCACCGUGCGCGACGCGGCCGUGCAGACCGUGGACCCCAGCGCCAACCCCGCCGAGCCCGAGGGCGACGCUGAGCCGCCCGUGGUCAAGCGGCCCCGCAAGAAGAUGAAGUGGAUCCCCACCAGCAACCCGCUGCCCCAGCCCUUCAAGGAGCCUCUGGCCAUCAUGCGCGUGGAGAACAGCAAGGCCGAGAAGCCCAAGCCCGUGCGCCGCAAGACGGCCACCGACACGCUGAUCGCGCCGCUGCUGGACGCGGGCGCGCGCGCCGCGCACCAUUACAAGGGCGGCGGGGGCGACGCGGGCCCGCCCCCCGACAAGAAGCAUGCCCGCCACUUCUCCCUGGACGUGCAUCCCUACAUCCUGGGCACCAAGAAGGCCAAGGCCGAGGCCAUGCCUGCCGCCCUGCCGGCCUCCCGGAGCCAGGAAGGGGGCUUCCUGUCCCAGGCAGAGGAGUGUGGUCUGGGCCUGACCAUGGCACCCACCACAGAUGCACCGCUCCCCGAGAAGGAGGUCCUGUUCCCAGCAGAGCCAGCCCGGGCCGCGCUGCCCUCGGGGGGCCCGUUUCACGUCUGCUCGCCCUCCGCCGCCCCCGCCACGGCCCCUCUGUCGCCAGCCAGCCUGGGCAAGCCUGACCCCCUCGCCAUCCUGAGCCGCAACGCCACCCACCCGCUGCUGCACAUCAGCACCCUGUAUGAGGCACGGGAGGAGGAGGACGGGGCCCCCCGAGCCCCCCCGGAUGUGGGCAGCCUCAUCCCCAUCCCUCCCCCCCAGCAGAUCCUCAUCGCCACCUUUGAGGAGCCCAGGACAGUAGUGAGUACUGUGGAGUUCUGAGGGGACAGGGCUGCCCAGGCCGUCGCAGGCCCCCCUGCAUGACCACAGUGUGCCACUGCCCCCAGCCCCCCGUGGAUGCGGCCUCUGCUUCGCCCGGCACUGCCCACACCCCGGCCUCCUGUCCGCAUGCCACGGGGCUCAGCGCCUCGCCUACCCGGCCCCUCAGAUGGCAUCGUCGGGGCGCUGGCUGGGCCAGGGGCUGGCCGUGACCCCUGUAGGGCCCGUGGCCAGAAAGGCCCAGAGCCGCCACCCCCCUCCCCUGCAUCAGGCGCUCGGCUGUGAGAUGAAGAAUUUAUUUUUUUAGUUGAUUUUGUCUUGGGCCUGGGAUGCUGGCCCGUGAGGGGCCGGGCGGUGGCAGGACAACUCAGGAGGGAGCUGGGGGUGGUGGCACCUCAGGGCUGCCCCCUGCAGGGACCGGGAGCCCUCGGUGGGAGGGGCCACCCUCCAGUCAAAGGUCAACGUGCACUUUCUCCUCGUAUCCCGACAAACCUGUACUUUAUUUUACUAUGAUUACUGUAACUAGCGAGUAUAUUUAUUACCAGGAGGCUUCAGACGCAUUCAAAACAAAGGAUGUUGUGUGUGUGUGUGGGAGCGUGCGGGCGAGAGAGCGAGGGCGCCAGCGUGCCAGUGGGUGUGUGCAUUAGCGGGUAAGUGUGCGAGUGUGUGCGUGAGUGGGCACGGGGUGAGGCUGGGCGAGGGCGCCAGCGUGCCAGCGAGGGCAGGAAUCCAACGCAAUAACCACGUCCCCUCCAAGGCCAUCAGCACCCCCCCGC